GAGGAGAGGUUUCGUUUCUAAGGUCAUGGCUUCCAUGCCGCUGCUUCACUGGUCACGGUUUUCUUUGCGAUCCAACAGGCGUAGCGAUCCGGAACGGAGGGGGGGUUUCUAUCAAGACACGUCGCAAGAUGCGAUGUAACGAUGGUAGCGGCCGGCGCCACCUAGGUGUUUAAGCUGGAGCAAGGUCCGGCGGCGAGAAACAUGGAUCCAAGGUGGGGGGAAAACGUUUUGCACAACAUAAAAAACAAUGGCAAAAAGAGAAUCCUUGGUAGGUUGCAGAGCCGUAAGGGAAAGACUGACACAGCACCUGCUGCCUCGGUCAGACUCGGGCUCGUAGCCCGUGGUUGCGCGCGGUCGCGGGAUGAUUCAAUGGCCGGCGGCGGGGGAGGCGUGGGGUGCGCGCGCGCAAAGGGACGGUUUGAAUGGAUGGGAACGACGAAUGCAACAACGACAACGACGACGACAUGCCGGCUACCACAGAACCCCCACGUGCAGAAGCCAAUCCGCCGGAAUGGAGCCAGCCCCGCGCCGGCGGUACGGGCCACGCAGCCUAAAGUCCGACCCCGCCGUGGGCGGUACUCUGCAGUAGCGCACUUGCGGCCGCACCCCCCCACUGUGGACUUUUUCAAAAACACCCGAAGGGGGGCGGUUAAGCUGGAUCAAGUGACGAGAACACCCUCAAUACGUGCUUGGUUCAAUUCUUGACUGGUCUGCUUUCUCGCAGGAAACGCUCCGCUUAUACCGCGGAAUAAUCGUGUCUUAAAUCUACAGCUCAUUGCGCUCGGAGAGAGGAAAAUAAAAAACCUCGCGGUGUCUAUGUAGGCCGCCCAUUCCCUGCCCCUCUCUUAUAGCAAUAUAGUGAACGACCCAAGCCCAGCGACCACGGGCUGCCGUACGGAUGAAUCCCUGUUGGUACCC